AUGGCCCCUCCAGCAAUUGUGUUCACCGACUGGGACGGAACUGUGACUCUCCAAGACUCCAACGACUACUUGACCGACAACCUCGGGUUCGGCAAGCCCAGAAGGGCCCAGAUUAACCAAGACAUCUUGGACGAAAAGGUGUCGUUCAGAGACGGGUUCAGAGAGAUGUUGGAGCUGAUUCCCACCCCGUUCCCCGAGUGUAUCCAAUACCUCUUGGAGCACGUCCAAUUGGACCCAGGCUUCAAGGAGUUCUACCACUGGGCUGCUGCCAAGGGCAUCCCCGUGGUGGUGGUCAGUUCAGGAAUGAAGCCUAUUAUCUACGAGUUGCUUAAGAGCUUGGUUGGCGCUGAGGCCAUUGACAACAUCGAGAUCAUCAGUAAUGCUGUCACCAUCGACGAUGCCUCCGGUGCCUGGGAAAUCGUCUACAAGGACCCACAAUCUCCGUUUGGCCACGACAAGUCCAACUCCAUCCGCGAGUACCUUCAAAGAAACGGCUACACUUCCGAGCUCCCUCCCUUGUUCUACUGUGGUGACGGUGUGUCCGACUUGUCUGCUGCCAAGGAGACAAACUUGUUGUUUGCCAAGCACGGCAAGGACUUGAUCAAGUACUGUGACCGCGAAAACAUCCCCUACACCGAGUUCAACAACUUUGGUGAUAUUUUGGCCAAGAUCACCCGCAUUAUUGAUGGUGGCGAGGACUACCAAAAGUUCAUCGAGAACAAGCCUGUCAACUAG